AUGGUUGAUACUCUUUAUUCACUUGUGAAUAUUAAUGAACGAUUUGAUCGAUUAGUAAUUGAUCCUCUUUAUAUUCAUCGUCUUGAUAUGACUAUCGAAUUACCCUUUGAUGAGAUAAUUUCAAUAUACAAUAAAGUUUUUUCAAGAAUUUAUGAAAAUAUCUUACCUCGAAUUCAUAAUCAAGUAAAUAAAUUGACUGUUGAUUCAUAUUCCAUAAAAUCUAUCCUUACUGUUAAUUAUUCUCAACUUUAUUCGUUAUCACUUGUUAAUUUUCAAGAAGAAAUACUUUUUCAAUAUUUAAAAGGUGAUUUUAUUCUUCGUAAUCUUCUUAGUGAACAAAUUACAGAUCUUAAUAUUGAUAUUCAGUAUGAUAUAAUAGCACAAACCACUAUAAGUCUUUCAGAAAAGUUUGCCUUAAUAUUAUCAUUAAGUAAAAGAUUAACCAGUUUAAAUUUUUGUCAAUUAUUUCAUUAUCGAACUUUGUCUGUUUGGUUUGUUACCCGACCAUCAAAAAUUUGCAUGUCUUCAACUUUAACUAAACUGAAAAUUGAGAUCAAAACUUUUCGUGAUUGUCUUUGUCUUCUUGAUGGUUGUCUCGAUUGUUUAUCGAGAUUGAUUAUCAAUGUACAGCAUAUUUGCGUAAUGUCAUUACGUAAAUAUAACACGGAAAAACUUCCGAGAUUGAAACAUUUUUCAUUAACAUCGUUGGAUGACACAAUACAUUAUGACAAACUAAUUAUUCCACUACUUUGUCGAAUGAUAAAUCUUGAAAAAUUGAUAUUAUUUCUAUCAAUAAUCAGAUUUAACUCGACUUUUAUUGAUGGUAUUCAAUUAUAUGAUCAAUUUCUUAUUUAUAUGCCACGAUUAAAUAAAUUUACAUUCAAUAUAAUUACAGUUGUUGUCAACAAUAAUAUUCAUUUGUCAUCACAUAAAGAUAUUCAACAUAGUUUUAUUGGAAGAAGAUAUGGACAAGCUUAA